AUGAAUUAUUAUACUUUCGAGAACUCGUCCGAUGCGGCAGCGGCUUCGGCUGCAGCCGCUGUGCCUCCAGCCCCAUCCACAAGAGGGACAUUACCUAAUGGCGUGGCUUCCGUCCCGCGCGGGGACAUUAGGCUGUGCUUGCCUGACACGCUCCCUAACGACAUUCCAAUCCGUAGAACUACCAAGAGUUGCUUCGAAGGCUACCGCGUGCUCGAAUCAAUCGGUGCCGGUACCUAUGCACACGUCUGGAAGGUCGCGCGAACUGGCAUUUCGAAGGUAGUGAAAGAUGACACCGGACACGGAGGUUUCCAGAGAGAGACAUCAGCUCUUCACAACAGGGCUGCUGGCAGUCGCGGAACGGAGUGUGAGAUGCUUUUCCGGCACGGCACCCACGCUGAAGAACCCGAGGUUUUUGCAGCAAAGCUACUUCAGCCGCAAAAGUUUUCGAAAGAUACGCUUCCCCAGGUCGUGGAUAUGUUUACAAAAGAGAUUGUGAACCUCGCCCACUGCCAGUGCCCCGGCGUCGUCCGUGUUGAAGAGAUUGUCGAAGGAGCUGAAGGCUGGCUAGUCGUACAAGAGUAUCUCGACGGAGGCACGCUGUGGUGCGACCAAGUUUGCAGGGACGAAGAUGACGCGUUCCUCCACUUCAUUCAGCUGGUUCAGGCAGUACUGCUUCUGCAGGAGAAGAACAUCGUCCACAGAGACCUGAAACCUACUAACGUUCUUCGAUGCAAAAAGGACAAACGCGUGUUACUUGCGGACUUCGGCUGGUCAGAGCGAGUCGACCGGUGUCAACACAGUCAAGUGGAGUGGCCAGGAACCCUCGAGAUUAACCCACCAGAAGUCAUCAAUUGCACCGGACCAUUGACGGAGCGCAUCGACAAUUAUGCCCUCGGGAUGGCUCUGAUGUUUUUUCUUUCGGGACGUUUCAUCUGCCGCCAAAAGGGUUUUGACGCAACCAGUGCUGCUCCGUUUGUCCUUCGUACGGUUCACCAAGUGCGGUCUUCUGGCCCGCCUGCGAACUUCCAAGGUCCGCCAGAAGCCUGGACUCUCUUCCUAGGCCUCACUGCGCCCGACCCCUCAAGACGCUGGUCCCUAAAUCGCGUGCUUUCCCAUUCCUGGGUCCAGCAGAAACUAGUUCAGUUGGCGCCUCGUGCGCAUCUGUGGCAUCCUCGCGUUUGCCGGCUAGUGUUUCAACUUACCCGAGUGUUCGCGGAUCGACCCACUUGCAGCGGUCCUUCCCGUAACUCAUAUGCGGAGCAAGAAAGAGGCGCUAUGACGCCGAGGAGUUACGAGAACGAGUUCGCGUAUAGAAACGCAUGCAUGCGCAACAGCUGCAAUGGAAUCUACCCCGUCGGAGGAAUGGUGGAGGUAGGAGGGAACCGGAGGGUGCGGGCGACGGAGUGUGCGUUCUGCCCCCCGUGUGGAAUCACAGGUUGUACUGGACGGCCGUGCCUCAAAUUUUUUAUGCAGAAUCGAGUUGUCUCUAAGGACGACUACAACAAGCUGCAAACUUCUGUAGGGGCUGAAGCUCACCCAGCGGCCGACUGUCAGAGAACCAGUGCGCGCUCAACAGCCGGCUCCCUGCCAACGCCGUACGAGAUCAUGCUUAGCACGGACGAAUGGAAGGCUGCGACUUUGAGGCGCCGCUUCAGCGCCCCAACCCUGCAGGCAUUCCACCCCUUCAUGCGGUUUGUGCCGAGGCCCCCGCCUGGAUUGGCAGGACCUCAGCAGCAUCAAGCAACCGGGGGCGGGCAUCGAGCGUCGGGUCAGAGAUCUGCAAAUCAGGCGAGCGACGCAGAGUACGUGACCCCAUCUCAGACGGGUGACUCCAACUGCGCCGAGGCGAAAGAAAACCUGCGAUUUUCUGUGUCUUACGCGGGCGCGGCCGGACAAAGUCGAGGCACAUCCGACUGUAAAACCGAUAGGUGCUCGACGCUUCCGGGGGACGCGUGGGACCUGUUUGAGCAGAGGCCGGAGUUCAUGGGACACUGGAAAGCGUUACAACAAGACCAGAACUCGUUCCAACAACACGAGAAUGUGCUCUCUCAACGACAGCAGAAGCGCCAGCUGCAGCACUCACAUCAGAGACAGCAGCUAACGGCACAGUGCCCUCGUUCAAGGGCCGGUGCACACAGAGUCUACCACUACUUAAGGCAGCCACAGGACAACCCGUCACUGCGUGAUGGGUGGGAGGAAAAGAUGCGCUCGGAGAGGCGGACGCAUGCACUGGGAGAGAUGGGGGAAGCUCCAGGGCGGGGGCCGCUCCAGAGCCGGCGUGUCCCAUCAUCUCCAAGUGACGGGCGGCUCACGCAGUCUCCGGUUGCCGGGGAUGCGGCGACCUUGCCUGGAAAUUGUCACCAGAAGAUGCACGGGAAACUCCAGAAGUAUCGGAGGGGUGUCAGCCACGGAGGGACCCCUCUCCAGUUUGUCACUGAAACGCAUGCAGAGACGCGAGAAGAAACACACGAAUCUGCGACGAGGACCAUGGCUCUGCUGGAGUACCGGCAAGCCCUUUGCAGACGAAUGGAGGAAAAUUUUGACACAUCGAGUGGGUGCGAAUCGCGCCGAGAAAAACGAGCUGCCUUAAAUGCUAAUAGUGAAUACGUCGGAGUCAUUCGAGGGCAGCGUCCUUGUCAUGCAACGCCAACGGGGGCAGAAGUGCCCCAGGACGCAUCUCAGUCACCGCAGCACGCGGAGCGCGAGUCUUCGGCAUCUCUUCCGUCUUCUCUAAAUUCCAAGGAUAAAGCGUUUGCGAACGGAUUUCCGCGGGGUGACGCCAGUCCACCUCCGAGCGUACGGCGAUCGUCAGCGGGCCAUCCAAUAUCGGAAUCCCCGCAAAGUCAAGAGUCCGUGCUCACGCAGCUGGCUCCCAGUGGAGCCUGCGAUCCGUCAGUCCGUCCAGGUGGAGCUUCGCGCUCUGGCUCGCGAGAGGAAGGCCGACUUAUCAGGACCGCAGCUCAAAGGUGUCUUCCAUCAAGACUGUCUUUCGAGUCGCCUCUUGCAGAUGAACCUACCGGACCCAAGCGAACCGAUCCUCCAGCAGCGGGAGUGCCUCUCGUGAGUUCUGCGUCUUUCUGUGCGCGUGCCGGUCGGGACACCGGUUCUAGAGGAGCCUUUUCCCCUCAAAACAACAGGACCGAGGAAGCCUCUUGUGGCUUCGUUGAACGGGAUCCAGCGCCUCAGGUAGGCGGAACAUCGGUGGACGCCAGCCUCAAAAACGUACAAGGUGGCGGCUACCGCCGCGUCAAGACUUUCGUACCUCCUUUCUCCUUCGGAGAUACGCAAGUGCCAUUUUUUCAGUUGCAGCGAAUGCCUCAACAGGCGACGGCAGCUUAUGCAACUCCUCUAGCCCUGGCCAACGGGACUGCGGGUAAGAGUGGUUGGUGGCGAACAGGGGCGACACGCCAGUUCACUCUGGGGAAAACGACGCCUCGCCCAGAGCCGCCCUGCGACGGCGUGUCCCCGAAACUGCCUCGCACUCUCUGUGGAGGCUGUGUCUCUCGAGACAGCGCGGGAAGCGAGGGAUGCGCAGAAUCUGGUUCACAUCGCCUCAGUCGGCUUCCUGACCAAGCAUUAGGGGAGCCGAGAAGUGCCGGUGACCCUCCGUCGGACGUAAGCGUAGGGAAGGACUGCUGUAUUCACGAAACUCCACGAGAGAAGACAGAAGGGUGUUCGCAAGGUACAACGCACGGGCAUUUGCAGACAAUUGUAUACGGCAACAGUGGUGCUUUUGUCGGGCCUGAGACAGGCAGUCCGCGGGCUGAGUCGCGCCGUGUCUCCUUCAGUGGGUGCUCUCCACGAGGGCCACCUGGGGGAGACAACUCUCGACCGCAAGGCAGCGAGGUUGAGAAGAGGGGAAAAGUAUUGUCGCCUGCUUCAGCUUCUGGCUACGGGAGGUCCUCAACCGGUGCCGGUGGGGGCGGGGUCGCAGACGCCGAGACAGUGGGCCGGCUGGAUGCACGCCACUUGAGGGAGUUGCAGCACAACGCGAAGUUCGGGUACGGUGGAAAUGCGAAGAACGGUACUGUGUCGCCCAGCGGCAACACACACCACAAAGAGGCUACGAGAGGAUCGGAUCCGGAUCUCGCAGAAGCGGCUGCCAUGAUGAACAGGGACAGCCAGGGCACCAUGGCUAUCGCUGGAACGUUGACGUUCGGCGGCGUGUCUCCCAGACGAAACAGCAACGGAGGCAUUCCGUCGCCAACAGGGGUGCACAAGCCGUCAGAGGCAGCGCAGCGAAAGGUCCCGGGAUACGGCGAGACAACCACCACAUCUGUUUUGAGGCUGGUUCACAGAUCGUCGCUCCCGAUGUACAAUGAGGCCAUUCUUCCUGAUGGACGGUCCCCGCGUGGAGCAGGCUGCUCGAGUGUCAUGAGUGGCGAGGCAAAAGUCAGCGUGAACAAUGCUCAUAGCCAAGAGGAGCCGUGGAUAUCUUGCCUCAUGCGGAACUGUCGCGGGCUCGUGCAACAGCAGAUGCCGUAUCCAGCAGCCACGGAAACGCAGGAGAUGCAGAGUCAGUGCGGGCUUCAAAAUGACGUAGAUACCUCUCGAAGGCUGCAUGCAGACUGGACAGGCGAUCUGAGGAGCGCAGGAGGAAGCGGCAAAUCAGGACUCCGCACGCAGAUGCUUCCCGCGCAGCUGGUACUGAGAGAAGUUCAGGGAGGCGGCGUGCCGGAGUCAUGCAUCUUGCAGCGGGACUUGCAUGCGUUCCGCCAGCGAUUGCUCCAGGCGAGGCGCCCGGCUUUUCACGAGAGUCCACACACUCGGGGAAUCUAUGAGCAAGGGGCUGGCGAAUCGGAGGCGGACGCCGCCUCCUUUUUACAGCGCUUUGUAUUUCAUCUGCUCGAGUCCGGUGGGGAUCUGCAAGGGCGUGCAUUGGGACCCCAGAGCGCGACGAAGCCUCUGAAGGCCAGCGUGCUCCCUCUGGCGAGCGGCGUAGCGCCUUUUGACCGUCGAGACGACAUGCUUCGCAUGGACUAUAGGGGGACUGGCGGAGCCUCCGCAGUGAACGCGGAGAUCUUUUACGGCGACGUUGGCUCGGGUUUGCGGGGCCCUGGUCAUGAUGAGUUUCUUUUGCUGUCGUCGUCUGGAGGAGCCUGUUUGAAAACGAGCCCUUCAGAAGCGCAGCAGCUUGUGCAAAUGAUAGAAUCCACGGCAACUGUCAAGCGGUGCGCGUUUGAGGGGCUCCUUGAGGUCCCGUCCUGUGCUGGCGCCACGACGACGGCGACAACGACCGGCCCAGGCACGGGGACGUUGCCAGCGUCGUCGCCAGGCGCUGGCGAAGACAGCCUAGACAGCGGCUGGGGCUUCCAAGGACUCGAGGGCGAAGACGAGCCUACGGCAUUCCGGCCUGAAUCUCCCGUUUGCACCCCGAUUCAGUAGUACAGGGAUGCAGCUAGUGGGGAGGUAUGGCAUUGGAGAGCUUUUCCAGACUCUAGCAAGCAGAUGAGGCGGCUAAAGAACUUUAAAGUGUCAAAUAAAUACCGGGCAAAGGCCCCUCCAGAACCAACCAACUUGCGGACCUAGAUCACCGCAAGAAUUGGGUGCGUAGUAGGACACGGUCAGGCUCCGUUUUCCCGGGGGUUGGAGUUGGUUUCCAUUUCGACCGCUUGAAGAUCCACCAUGCGACAUAUAAUAGAGAGCUCUCGGAAGCCGAUUGACUGCAGAGCUUCCGAGGCUCCUUUUGAUUGGAAGGAGCUUAGCGUUCCCAGCGUGCUGUAGGGGACCAAGCGCAGCUGGAUAUGUAUAUCUGCGUACACUUUUUUUCAUGUUAACACGACGCUAACGCCGGCAGUUUCUGUAGUACUCGAUCGUUUGUGUGUAUGUGGAAAAAUUACUGAACGGCGUUUGGUCAAUAAAGAAGUGCGUCGACGUGACUGCUGACGUUUCGUGGGCAACUGACCGAUAUGUUCAGUUAUUUUGCAUGUAAAUCUGUUUUUCAUCGUGUCGGAAGUAACCGACUGGUGCAGGAAGUGGUUUCUUUACCACGCCGUCAGUGCUUUCAUAUGGUACAGGAAAUUUUAGCGCUAGUUUUAGAUUUCCCGUUGUGUACGAUCAGAACCGUCGAGUAGCGAGGUGUUGACGCGUGUCAGCCACACUUCAAAGCACGUGUGCAUUUUUCUCGAUCGCCUUACAGGGCAUGCUUGCAAUAGCAUCUGAGUUGCCAGCUGAACUGAAGCAAGCGAGGCGCAGCCAGUCGCAGAGACCAGCAAGAUGCUCCAAGCGUGCGACAAAAGAGAGGCGUAUAUCAGCACGAGUGUUCCUGUGGAAAAGCGGCACGCAAACCACAGUUCACUACGAGUUCCCCUUUUGAUCGUAAGGGGCGAAUUUGCAGCUAUACGCGGUAGUGUCGGGCGGGAACGCCAGUAUCUGCGUCCUGACGGUAUUGAUACAC